CCUGAGGGUGUUCUAAAUAUAGUGUCUGGAUUUGGUCAGACUGCUGGUGCAGCUCUUGCUAGUCACAUGGAAGUUGACAAGAUUGCUUUUACUGGAUCAACUGCUACUGGCAAGACUAUUCUUGAAUUGGCUGCAAAAAGCAACCUCAAGUCAGUGGCAUUAGAGCUUGGAGGCAAGUCCCCUAUGAUCAUAAUGGAUGAUGCCGAUGUGGAUCAGGCUGUAGAGCUUGCACAUUUUGCUUUGUUCUUUAAUCAGGGACAGUGCUGCUGUUCUGGGUCUCGUACAUUUGUGCAUGAAAGGGUAUAUGAUGUGUUUGUUGAGAAAGCAAAGGCUCGUGCUUUGAAGCGUAUUGUUGGUGAUCCUUUCAAACAUGGUGUUGAACAAGGUCCUCAGAUUGAUGAGAAGCAAUUUGACAAGAUCUUGGGCUACAUCAAAUCUGGCAUCGACAGUGGUGCCACCCUUAUAGCAGGGGGUGACAGAUUCGGUAGCAAAGGUUACUUCAUUCAACCUACCGUCUUUGCAGAUGUGAAGGAUGGAAUGAAGAUAGCUCAGAAUGAGAUAUUUGGGCCAGUUCAAUCAAUCUUAAAAUUCAGCGAUAUUAACGAGGUCAUACGUAGGGCAAAUGCCACUCCCUACGGGCUGGCUGCUGGAGUUUUCAGCAACAACAUGGACGCUGUCAGCACAUUGAUGCGUGCACUGAGAGUUGGAUCAGUAUUUGUCAAUUGCUUUAAUGUCUUAGAUGCUGCAAUUCCUUUCGGUGGCUACAAGAUGAGCGGGCACGGAAGAGACAAGGGCGUCCAUAGCCUCCAGAACUACUUACAGACCAAGGCAGUCGUGACCGCAUUGAAGAACCCUGCAUGGCUGUAAUCUUCUAACGUUACGGUCUUGCUAUUUGGUUUCCGAGUGUACAAAAAUAUAAAAUACAUAAAUAAAUCUAUCUCAUUCUAUCAAUUUAAGUUUUUGGGAUAA